UCGCACAUUCGACUCGGAACUCGGAAAAACGAAAGCUGAAGGGAGUAAGACUUUUGCCAUUUAUUCGCCUUUGUAGACUUGGGAGCUCUCGACGGUCGGUGAGCAGCUAAGCCGCCGCCGGUAAAGCCAAGGUCGCCGGAAUUGAUCACACUCAUUCACCUAAAAGCCAAGCCGAAUUGAAACAGAAGAUAUGAGUGGUCAACAGAGUGGCAAUGAAACUCAAUCCCACCUCUCAGCUCCACGUCUGAAUGAGAGGAUCUUAUCAUCCUUGUCAAGAAGAUCCGUAGCUGCCCAUCCAUGGCAUGAUCUUGAGAUUGGACCUGGAGCUCCUCAAGUUUUCAACUGUGUUGUUGAGAUAGCAAAAGGAAGUAAGGUCAAAUAUGAGCUUGACAAAAAAACAGGACUGAUAAAGGUUGAUCGUGUCCUAUAUUCCUCAGUUGUCUAUCCUCACAACUAUGGUUUCAUUCCCCGCACAUUAUGCGAAGACAAUGACCCAAUGGAUGUAUUGGUCCUUAUGCAGGAACCAGUUAUUCCUGGUUCAUUUCUCCGUGCCAGGGCCAUAGGUCUCAUGCCCAUGAUUGAUCAGGGAGAAAAAGAUCACAAGAUCAUUGCGGUGUGUGCUGAUGACCCAGAGUAUCGACACUAUACCGACAUCGAACAACUCCCACCUCAUCGCCUGGCUGAGAUCCGCCGUUUCUUUGAAGACUACAAGAAGAAUGAGAACAAAGAGGUUGCGGUUAAUGAUUUUUUGCCUUCAGAAACUGCUUAUGAAGCCAUCCAGUACUCAAUGGACCUUUAUGCUGAGUAUAUCUUACAGAGCUUGAGGCGAUAGGCAGAUGGGGUGCAUUCUAUUUUCUAAUGUCAUUUAAUCAGAGAUAAUAAGAAGGGGAUUUGAAAUAUUUUAUCAAUUUUUCUAUUUAGUCGGUUGGUUAAACGGUUCUUUCCAAAUCAAAUGACUAAACUAUGCAUGCUAUUUAUUUGUUAAUAAACUUAGAAUUACAACAUUAUUUCCCAGUCUUUUGUUUAACUUUUGCCCUUAUUUUUCAUGUCACAACUAGUCCGACUUAUGCUUGCAAAUAACAUUAUUUGAUAGUCUAAUGUUUAUUUCCUACA